UGGAGCCGCAGCAAAAUGCUGGAUGGACACCUACUCCUGGGAUGGUUAUCGAUCACAGUUAUAGUGUAUCUUCUCAACUUGCCUGGACCAACCGCAGCAUAUUUCGGGUUGACAGGUAAUGAACCGUUGUCUAUCCUGCCGCUAAACUCUCUACCAGAGGAGAACGUGGGCAGGGCCCACUUCAAGCUGUGCGACCGGCUCAAACUGGAAAAGAAGCAGCGCAGGAUGUGCAGACGAGACCCGGGCGUGGCGGAGACCCUUAGAGAGGCCAUCACCAUGAGCGCCCUAGAAUGCCAGUACCAAUUCCGCUUUGAGAGGUGGAACUGCACCUUAGAGGGGCGCCACCGAGCCAACAUACUAAAGAGAGGAUUUAAAGAGACAGCCUUCUUGUACGCCAUCUCCUCGGCCGGCCUGACCCAUGCGAUGGCCAAAGCUUGCAGCGCAGGACGCAUGGAGCGCUGCACGUGUGACGAGGCCCCGGACCUGGAGAACCGCAAGGCGUGGCAGUGGGGAGGCUGCGGAGACAACCUCAAAUACGCAAACAAGUUUGUCAAGGACUUCCUGGGCAAACGCUCCAACAAGGACCUGCGUGCACGCGUGGACAUGCACAACACAAAUGUGGGCAUGAAGGUAAUCAAGGCCGGAGUGGAGACCACUUGCAAAUGCCAUGGCGUCUCCGGCUCCUGCACCGUCCAGACCUGCUGGAGGCAGCUCCAGCCCUUCCACGAGAUCGGUAAGCAGCUGAAGCAGCGCUACGAGACCUCCAUUAAGGUCGGCAGCUCCACCAAUGAGGCCACGGGGGAGGGAGAGAUCGCCACUGGCCGGAGCCAGCAGCAGCAGCAGCAACAACAACAACAACAGCAGCAGCAGCAGCAACAACAGCAGCAACAGCAGCAGCAGCAGCAGCCCCCACCUGGCCUAACCGAUCAGAUCCCUCGCACUAUGGACUUGCGCCACAUCGAGGACUCGCCCAGUUUCUGUAGACCCAGCAAGUACUCGGCAGGCACGGCGGCCCGUAAGUGCUACAAGGACAAGAACUGCGACGCCAUCUGCUGCGGGCGAGGCCAUAACACUCAAAGCAGAGAGGUGACCCGACCCUGCCAGUGCCAGGUGCGCUGGUGCUGCUACGUCGAAUGCAAGCAGUGCACGCAGAGAGAAGAGGUCUAUACCUGCAAAGGGUAAACCAGUGUCCCGUCGGCCCCCUACGAUCAGUGGAGCAAGUUAAAGGUGGUGGUGUUGAAGAGGCGUGGAAGGUUUUGCUUCCACUGUCGGAACAGUGUUCU